AUGGCCAAAAUAGAAAGAGAAGCAAAACUUUAUAGUGAUAACAAUAUCCCACUAGGGGCAGAGACUCUGGUAAUGAAAAAAAGAAGAAUAGAAGAGCCAAAAACAAAGAAGUUGGGUGAAAAAAGACAGAAAACUUUCGAAAAUAAUGUAAAAUCAAAAGAUGAAAUUGUUGACAAAGAAAACCUGGACCCUGCAAAACAGACAAAUAAGUUGGAGAAUAACAAGUUGAAGGACAAGGAAAACAUAAUCAACAACUGGUUUAAUAUAACUGAGAAGGAUCGGGCCCAAAAGGGCAUAUCUAUACUUGAAACACAACUUGGAAGUAAAGAUGAUACAAAAAGUUCCAGAAAGUCUUCAGAAUCUGAACCAAACAGAAUAAUAUCAGGUGAUACCAACGUGAUAGAGUAUAGAACUGGAAAAAAUGACGCAUAA